AUGUGGGUUCAACAUGCUUCCACGGAGACCAAUCAACGCAGCAGAUAUCCCAUGUUGAUCUGUGUCUGUUCAGUGAUGGUCUUGACCAUGAUCGCUGUCGUUGCUCUCAGAGCUUACGAUCGGGCACAUAGAGCAAGACAUUUUCGUCUAGACGAUUGGACUACCUUCACUUCUGCGGCUACCACUGUGAUAUAUGCAGUACUUGCUGUGUACCAGACGCGUCUUGGGCUAGGAUUACCGCUCGAGCUGCGUCCGAUCGAAGAUCUUCACAAAUUCACUCUGCUAAACUAUGCGGGUCGACCCAUAUAUGUCGCGGCCUUGAUGACCUUCAAGAUCGGCGUUUGCCUUGGAGCUCUGAGAAUGCUUGAUCGGAGCAAUGGCAAAGCAAUUCAGCAAACAGUAAUCAGAACAGCCAUCCUCAUCAUCGUCCUGAGCCAUGUAGCAAUCGCUUUGGCCUUGAUGUCAUACUGUCGACCAGUGAGAAAGGCUUGGAACCCUCACAUCAAAGGGAAAUGUCUAUCGGUAGGCCCUCUCUUCUAUGGCACAGCGGCCGCGACCAUACUCUGCGACUUGAUCGCGUUCUCCAUGCCGGUAACAGCCCUCCAUACCAUUAAGAACGUGGAUCCCAAGAUAAUACCGCGUUCGACUGUGGAUUCCAAGAAAACACUGCGUUUGAUUGUCUCGCUGUUCUUCGGCUUUUUCACAACUAUCUGCUCAGUCGUACGCACGAUUCAGAUCAGAGAGGUUGUAGAGACUGGAGAUUCUACCAUGUUGAUUCUCUGGGGAGUGAUCGAGGCCUGUGUAGGGGUAUGA